CUUUUCUCUUUUACAUUCAUUGCUAUUUUUAGACCUUACACUUAUCAGCAGCACGUCAAAUGCAUAAGUGAAAAUCAGAAGUACGGAUCAAAGAAUUACAUUGAAAAGGAAGCAAAGGGAGAGGUGAAGCAAAAUGCUUGGUGUGAACAAGUGGAACGAGCGAUUGAGUUUGUCAAAGAGCCAAAGUUGAAGUCGUUGUUAAAGAACAUCCAGGGUUACAGCAAUAUCCCGCGCAAGGAAGCAAAAUUCAUCAACUUUCUGACGAAUUCGUGCCGUAUAAGAGACACUUCACUAUGCAAGAUGGCUUGGAAAGCAAUCGCUGAUGAAGCGGAAAAGUUGAAAAAAGAAGAAGAAGCUAAGAAGGAAGAAAAUGUCAAGAAAGCUAAGGAGGCAGAUUUGGUAUUGCUUCUUUAA